AUGAGUCAAGCUCAGACUAAUGAUGCUGUAGAUUUGAAGAAAAAGAUGCAGGCGGAACUUGAUUUCACCUCUCCUCAAGAUAUUGCAACUACAAGAAAUGCAGGGACAGAUAGAGGCGGACGUCUUCUCCUGGAUCAAAAAUCAGAAGCCAAGAAAGGAGGGCUUUCUACACUGAACUGAGUCGCUUAUGCUUCAGCUCAUAUCUACAAUGACAUGUGAGCAACUGUGUGGUUCAUGUAUCUCCUCUACUUUAUCUGCUACACUGUUGGAUGGGGUCCAAAAUUGGCAUCUUUAGCCCUCCUCUCAGGCCAAAUCGCGGAUGGGAUUGCAACAAACUUAGUAGGAUUUCUUAUGGAUAAAACCAACACAAGAAUUGGUAAAAGGACACCUUGGUUUUUACUUGGAACUUUCUUGGUAAUUCCAUCCUUUAUUCUGACUUUUAAUACUUGUUAUGCCUGUGAUCUGAUAUGAGGACUGACAGAGGAUAGGGUGUGAAAUACAAGAAGACACAAAACUAUUGCCUUUAUUUAUUAUAUAAUCUUGCCAGCUCUGUUUAACAUUGGAUGGGCAGCAGUACAGAUCUCCACAAUGUCAAUUAUUGUAUCUAUUACUUAUGACCAAAAGCAAAGAGACUCCUUGAUCUCAUACAGAAACGCAUGAACUUUUGGGUCUAACUUAUUUACUCUUUCAGUAGCACUCAUGUUGUUCGAAUUUGUGCCAAAUGCUAUAUGGCAGUUUAGAAUCUUAGCCCUUCUAAUUACAUUGAUUGGAGUAGUUAGCGGAUUAUUUUAUCUCUAUGGUGUUCCAGAAGUUAAGCUUUCUAACAGAGCUAUAAGUCAGGGAAUUCAGUACUCCAGUUGGUCAGUCGAAUCUAAAGGAAACUCUGUUGAACACUGGUCAGAGUGGCUUUCAAUCACCCAGUUUUAUGCAUACGGGGUUGUCUAUACUCUCACAAGAAUGAGCAUCAAUGUAACAAUGACUUUAACACCAUUUUACUUGAUCCAUGUUCUAAAAUACGAAAAGAAUGAAGAAGAGCCGACACCGCCUGAGAUUGCUUCUGUACCGUUGGUGUCUUACUUCAGUUCGAUGGUCUUCACUCUUUUAUACUCGAACACGCUAAAUAAAUACUUCAACGAGUAUAACAGACUAACAACGUUGAUGUAUGGAGCGAUGUUAGUAAUAGUUUCAUCAAUUCCGUUCUUAUUCAUAUCACCAAAAAUACAUUGGAUAGUCUACUUACUGGUCCCGUUUCAAGGAAUUGGACUAGCAAUCGGUUUGAACGUAGCAAGUAGUCUGAUCUCAGAUAUGCUUGGAAGAAACAACAAGAGUAGUUCCUUUGUAUAUGGGACUUAUAGCCUCUUAGACAAGUUCUCAAGUGGAAUCUUACUUGUCAUUAUCGGUGCAACAGUUAUUGAGAAGGUACAAUGGCUGAGACUUCUUGCAGGUAUCCUACCUAUAAUCUCUUCUAUCCUAGCCUGGAUCUUUGCUUGGAUUGGAAAGGACAAAGAUAUUAUUGAUUUCGACGGUGUCUAAAUUUUAACGAAAUCUUCAAAAGCCAGAAAUAAAAAUAAAAAUCAACCUGU